AGAGACGGACGUCGGACGUCGGACGUGGUGCUGCACGACUGCAGCGCAGCACCAGCUGUAGCAAAAUCCAAUUGGAUAUGAAGACUCAGCGCAAGACGAAGACAGCCAUGAAGUCCAAGACGAAGAAAGUUCCGACGUGGCUGCGGGGGAAGCGCGAGAUCGAGGCGCUGCGUCUAGAGCGCGAGGAGCUGGAGACCGCGUUGCUCUUCUCCGAGAUGAAGCGGGUCUCAAGCACGAGCUCGAGGGAGUUCGUCGAGGCGAACUUGAAUCAAUUGAGGGCCAAGACAGCUGCACUACUCGCAAGACAGCACCGACAAGCGGCGGAAGACGAGAACAAGCAGCUUAAGAGGAAGUUGCAGCUUUAUUUGACGCAAAGUGAGGCGCUGCGAACGACGCUAGCGACCGCUGCAUCGAUCCCUGGGGCUCUUCGUGUGGAGAUAAACACGCACUACAAGCUUCGCUUCAGUGAGGACGCGUUCCGGAAGAUGGCGAUGGAGACGUCGACGCCCUCACAAUUCGUUGAGACUAAACGUGAUGGUGGGGCAGUGAAGCUGUCACUCGUUGAGUUGCUGCCGUUUGAGAGCGAUGCGUCGUCGGCUGCGAUGUGGGCGAUGAUUGAAACGGGCAAGUUCCCUAAUGGGGACCACUCGCGUGUGGCCAGACUCUCGGAAAAUACCUUUGCGGUACAUUCAAAUGUUUCGCUGCAACUCGCGUCUGGGAGCAGCAUUGGUAUCAACGGUCACAGUGUGAUCAAGCGGCUGUACACAGCAGCAGGCAGCGGAAUUCUGACCGAAUCGUGUGCGGAAUGGACCCUCAGUCUCCCAGACUCGGGCACUUGGACCCAUGUGACUCGAGAGACGGGAUGCUUCGUUAUUCGGCAGUACUGCGCUGAAGGCCAGUAUCGCCCCAUAAAGCCCAAGCCGAAGAAAGUUCCGACUUGGCUCAAGACGAAAAGGGAGAUCCAGGCGCUGCGCCAACAGCGAGAGGAGCUCGAGGCCUUCCUGCUCUUGUCGGAGAUGGGGCAGACCGCAAGCAUCAGCUCCAGGGCGUUCGUCGAGGCCAGCCUACGUCAAUUAAGAGCCAAGACGACUGCGUUGCUGGCGAAACAACGCCGACAAGCCGCUGAAGACGAGAACGAGCGACUGAAAGCGUGUGUGAACCAAUUCGAGGCGUUCCGAGCAACGUUGGCAGCAGCCGAGUCGGUCUCCGGUGCUCUUCAAGCGGAGAUGAACGCGGCUUAUACGCUCCGUUUUGAUGACAAUAGCAUCUUCGAUAUGCUGGAGAAGACGCUGGACGCGAGGAUCUCGGAGUUGGCUGAGGCCUUUCGGAAGAUGGCGAUGGAGAAGUCGACGGACCCGCAGACGUCUGAAAUUCAACUCGGAAGCGGGAAAGAGCUGGAGACCCGCCUGCUCUUCAUGGAGAUGAAUUGUAUGACGACGAACCACACGAGCGGCUUUAUUGAGAUGAACUGCCACCAAACACGAGCGAAGGCGGAUGCGUUAGUGUCAAAGCGUCGACGAGAAGCUGCGGAAGACGAGAACAAGCGACUGAAGAAGCAGGUCCAGGGCUGCCUAAAACAAUGCGAGGCGUUCCGAACAACUCUAUCAAGUGCAGACAUUCAGACGAGUACUCUUGUACACAGUGCCAUGGCUCCAAGCACUGCUCUUCGUGUGGAACUAGUAGCGGGUCGCAGUCUUCGAUUCGGCGAUUCAAGUGUACUCGACAUGCAUGAGAGAAGACUGGACGCGAGGGCCUUUGAGCUGAGUGACGCCUUCAACAAGAUGACGCUGGAGAAUUCGACUGACGGGCAGUUUGACACUCAAUUUCUGAAUGAUCAGAUUGGAGCAAUUCAGCUCUCUCGUGUCGAGUUGGUACCGUUCGAGCGCCAAGUCCGGUCUUCAGCCAUGUGGGCGAUUGUCGGGGCCGGCGAGUUCCCGAAAGGAGAACACUCGCGCGCGGCUAGACGCUCGAAGAAUGCGUUUGCUGUUCAUUCGGUCGUGACGCUGCAUCUCGCGUAUCGACAUCAAUGGUCACAGCGUGGUGAAGCGGUUCCAAGCGCCAACUGGAAGCGGUAUGCUGGUGGAGGCGUGCUCUGA